AGACAGAUCUGGACAACGUGAUGAAAUACCAGGAAUGGAGAAAUCAUGCCUUUGAUUUCCUUUCUGUUUUUCCUUUUCAAUCAUUGAUGAUGGCGCUUAGCAAUUCCAGCUGGAGGCUACCCCAGGCUUCUUUUUUCCUGGUAGGUAUUCCAGGUUUAGAGGAAAGUCAGCACUGGAUAGCAUUGCCCCUGGGUAUCCUUUACCUCCUUGCUCUAGUGGGCAAUGUUACUAUUCUCAUCAUCAUCUGUAUGGAUCCAUCCUUGCACCAGCCUAUGUACUUCUUCCUGGCCAUGCUAGCUGCCAUUGACCUGGUCCUGGCCACUUCCACUGCACCCAAAGCCCUUGCAGUGCUCCUGGAUAAUGCCCAUGAAAUUGGGUACACUGUCUGUCUGAUCCAGAUGUUCUUCAUCCAUGCAUUCUCCUCCAUGGAGUCAGGUGUACUUGUGGCCAUGGCUCUGGAUCGCUAUGUAGCCAUUUGUUACCCCCUACAGCAUUCCACCAUCUUGCAUCCAGGGGUCAUAGGACGUAUUGGAAUGACAGUGUUUGUGCGGGGAAUACUCCUUCUUGUCCCCUUCCCUAUCCUGUUGCAAAACCUUAUCUUCUGUCAGGUCAUGGUCAUAGGCCAUACCUAUUGUGAACAUAUGGCUGUGGUAAAACUCUCCUGCUCAGAAACCACAGUGAACCGAACUUAUGGGCUGGCUGUGGCACUGCUUGUGAUUGGAUUGGAUGUUAUGGCCAUUGCUAUUUCCUAUGCCCACAUCCUCCGGGCGGUGCUGAAGGUACCAGGGGGUGAGGCCCGACUUAAGGCCUUUAGCACAUGUGGGUCUCAUGUUUGUGUUAUCCUGGUCUUCUAUGUCCCUGGACUAUUCUCCUUCCUCACUCACCGGUUUGGCCACCAUGUACCCCAUCAUGUCCAUGUUCUUCUGGCCACACUCUAUCUCCUUGUGCCUCCUGUGCUCAAUCCUCUAGUCUAUGGGGUGAAGACACAGCAGAUCCGCCAGCGAGUUCUCAGAUUGUUCUGCACGAAAAACUUGAUCUGA